GCGAUUUCCAAUCUCCAUCAGUCCAAUCAUCUGAUAAACUAGUUAUUGACCAACUUGACAGUCUUAUACUAGAAAGCCAGAAUGCAAGCGAAGAAAAUGAAACUGAUAUUCCAGACCGUAAAGAUGGAUCAAAAAACCAAAGCUGGGUGUAG